CUGUAUUUACUGUAAUUGUUUUCUUUUAAUUAUAACCUCAAAAAAACGUUGAGCAAAUACUUGUUCCAAUAUAUUUCUAUAUUGAUUUUGUAGGUGUUAUAUAUUUAGAUUUAAAUAUUGAAUAAUCGAAAGAAUGGCUUCAAAAGAAGGCGAAAAAGGGAAGGGUAGCCAAAGCGCAGGGGACAAUAAAGAGAAACGUCGAAAGGAGUCUAUUCUUGAUCUCAGCAAAUAUUUAGAGAAAAGCAUUCGUGUUAAAUUUGCCGGCGGUCGCGAAGCGGCUGGUAUACUAAAAGGCUAUGAUCCCUUAUUGAAUCUUGUACUGGAUAAUACUACAGAGUUUCUACGAGAUCCUGAUGACCCUUAUAAACUGUUGGAGGACACAAGAGCAUUAGGUCUUGUGGUCUGCCGUGGCACAUCAGUAGUGUUAAUAUGUCCCAUGGAUGGCAUGGAAGCCAUACCAAAUCCUUUCAUUACUCAAGAGGGAUAAGUGUAUGAGACUUUUGCUUUAAUGAUUUUGUAAUUUGUAAGUUAUAUUAUAAUUAAAUAAUUUUAAGGAGA